GGGGAGCAGGUGCUGCUGGAGAGCGGAGCUGAGAAGAACAUCAAGAGCAGAUGGGGUCAGACGCCGCUGGUGGAGGCGAUCUAUGCGAAGCAGCCGCACAUCGUGCAGGAGCUUCUGAGAGCUCAGUGCAAGCUGAUGCUGGACGACCCUGCCGCCGCCAUGUGCGACUAUGCCUCCCGCGGGGACGUCGAGAACCUCCGCAUCCUCCUCAGCAACAGGGUUGACCCCAACCUCGGGGACUACGACCGUCGCACCCCCCUGCACCUGGCGGCAGCGGAGGGGAACGACCGGGUGGUGGAGCUGCUCUUGUCAUUCUCGGCGGAGAUCAACAUCAAGGACAGGUGGGAAGGAACGCCGCUCAAGGACGCGGUGGUGAACGGCAAGACGGUCGUGGCCGAGCUGCUGCGAUCCAGAGGC